AAGCGGUAUUCAGAGCCAGAUGUAGACUCACAGAGCAGGUGGAAAGACGCCUCUGGCAGGAAGCCCGUCCAUCCACCCCCCCUGCAAGCAUGAAGCACCACCGGAGACCCCUUGCUGCGUUUCUGGCUCUGGCGCUUUGGGCCUCGAGUUCAUCUCAGGGGGGUACCGGAAACCUUGGCACUCACUUCAACAGCAAAGCUGAGCAUCUAUUGACUGAGGAACCGUUGAACCCCAAGUGUUUCACACAGCAGCUGGAGGAUCUCACCUGCUUCUGGGAAACCUCAGAAACCCCGAUGGAGGGAAACAACCAGAGCACCUACAGCUUUCGUUACAAAUUUGGGGAGGACACGUCUCUGAGGUUGUGUAAUUUGACCAUGGAGUUCACACCCCGGAAUACGACACGCUACACUUGCUUCUUUCAAAGGCAGGACAUUUCCUCCUUCAUCCCCCUGGAGAUCAAAGUCUUUGAUGGCCGCUCCUCUAACAGCACCCUCUACACCCGAACAAUCUAUGUGGAAAAACUGGUUUUCCUGGACCCUCCCUCUAACCUGACUGUGCAGGUGAUGGAUUCACCAGGGAAAGUGAAUGUGAGCUGGCUGCAUCCCCCUCUUGCACACCUGGACAACAGCCUGCACUAUGAGCUGGCCAUCUUCCCUGAAGGUUACAAAGCCCCGCAGGUGGAGGCUGUCAAUGGGCGGACAUAUCUCAUCAUAAAUCUAAAAAGUGGAACCCACUACAGGUUGGCUGUGCGGGCCAAGACUAACGGGGUCAGCUACGACGGCUACUGGAGUGCCUGGUCGCAGGCUGUAUCAGUGGUGAUGCCGCAUGAUGUGGACCCCCUCAUCGUGACAUUUUCUGUCAUUCUGGUGCUGAUCAUUCUGCUCUUAGCAUUCAUCACCCUGAUGUCUAACCGCAGAUUUCUGAAGAAGAAGAUCUGGCCAGCAAUCCCCACCCCAGAGCAUGAAUUCAAGGACCUUUUCACCAUCUACAAGGGCAACUUCCAGCUAUGGCUGGGGCAUCAGAGCGCCUAUCUGUGGUGGAGCCAGAACCCCCCCUAUCUGGAGGAGCAGCCCUUCUUGGUGGAAAUCUUGUCUGAGUGCGAUGGCCGCAAAGUGGAUGGCCCUCCUCCUCCUCCUCCUCCGCUUCCCCCCAAGGUCCGCAGCGGGGUGGAGCAGCUCCCCACUACUGCAGAGCUGUCCCAAGACGAUUACCUUGUCCUGGAUGAAGGCUUGGUGCCGUGCUACUCAAGAGGGGACGGUUCCCUGCUCUUGCCAAACAGUGAGGGCAGUGAGGGCACAGGCCCAGCCCUUGCCGGAGGGGCAGGCACACCAGAGCCCAGCCAAACGUCCUCUAGCUUUGAGUACACUGUGUUCGAUCCCAGCUCAGAGAGCCUUUCCCCACGGGGCCCCAAGGCAGAGGCCCAGCUCAAGAGCAGCUACCAGAUGGUGUCCGAUUCUGGGAUCUCUGCUGACUACAGCCUUGUGGACUCCAGCGCUGGCCAGGCAGGCCUGUACACCAACCUCUGCGAUGGAGGAGGGCUGCAGCCCUUUCUGCCCACCUACAUCGUCUGCUCAUAGCGACCGUGAGCACAGAGCCAAUCCCCAGCCCAGAAGAACUGAGGCAGCAAGAGGCUAACCCAAGAGGCCGGCACCGUUUUCUCUUCCCAGUUCUAGCAGAACUCCAGAGCAAGCGAGUGGGAAAAUGCUACGGGCCACGUCAAAAACUGCGGCUGGCCUUGUGCCGCUCCUGCAGGAGCAAGAUUGGUUUGCAAAUGGAUGGAGAAGUGACUGUGAAUGGAUGAAGGGCAUGUUUGCAUCCAGGCGUACUUCUUGACCCUUCCACCAGAACAUUUUAAUGUUAAAAGUGCUGCAGUGUCUUCACCUUGUUUGUUCUCAUACAGGCAAACCCAUUCUAUAAAGCGGAGCAUCGGUGCCUGAGCCAAGAUGCAGCUGGUUUCCAGCAAGUAACAGCUUGGGGCCUACGUAGAAAUUGGUCACGUUCUUCUGCUAGCCAGCCAGCCAGCCAGCCUCUCCCCACAACCCACAAGUGGGAGCUCUCACCAGUGAGCAGGGAACGCUACUAUUUCCUUUGGAUCAGCCCUUUCUCUACUAGCCUUUCAGGCAGACAUAUCCCCCCCCUUUUUUUUUUACAAAGUCUGUUUUCAUGUUAUAUAAAAGCACAUGUCUGAAAUGUAUGACAUGAAGCCUUUGUAGAACCUCUCCCAGCUUUGGAAAGAGGGUAGCAUUCAGGGCUUAGAAUCAUAGAAUCAUAGAUUAGAUCUUUAGAGAAUUGCUUAGGUAUUCUGUUGUUUACUGUCAUGGGAGGAUUUGUACAUGGGUAGCUCAGAAGAUUACUGGUUUUUGUCAACUCAAGGAUGACUUUUUGUGAUAUUCACACUGCUCUACUAAGUCUGGUCAAGAUCCUGGAUUUUACUUGUGUUUGAGUAAGCAUGAGAUGUUGGGCAAAACCAUAGUGCUUUAAAUACUGGGACUAUCGUUUGACUUUCACAGAUAUCGCCACAUAGUAUAAUUUUGUAAUUAUGUAUACAAACAUAUAUUUUUAAUACUUUAAGGAUUUUUAAAAAUAAUUAAAACUGAGGUUUUUGCUCAUA